CCGCUGCCCCCUCUCCCUCUGUAACAAUAAAUUGUGUGUAGUGCAGUUUUUAUUCAUUUUUGAUCUGAAAAAGUAAGGUAGAUACAAAAAUAUGGCUUCUGCUAUGGAUGUCGACGACGAAGAAGUGGAAAUGGCUUCCUCUAGUAGCGGUAAAGGCGACAAAAAAAGAUUUGAAGUUAAAAAGUGGAAUGCUGUCGCUUUGUGGGCCUGGGAUAUUGUAGUGGACAACUGCGCAAUCUGCCGCAACCACAUAAUGGAUCUCUGCAUAGAGUGCCAGGCCAACCAGGCUUCGGCCACCAGUGAAGAGUGCACAGUGGCAUGGGGCGUUUGUAAUCAUGCAUUCCACUUCCAUUGUAUCUCCCGUUGGCUCAAAACUCGACAAGUAUGUCCCUUGGAUAACAGAGAAUGGGAGUUCCAAAAGUAUGGACACUAGUGCUGUCACACUGCAUACAUCCCAAAAGAAGUUAAAUAAAACAAAGUGUAUGACUUAUAAUGGGCUUAACAAUGUCACUUUUGCAUUAAUUAAGUUUUUAAUAAAUUAACUCCAAAGUACUAAAUUUUUUGUUAUUAAUUUGGAGGACACUAUUGUAAAAUGUAAUU